AUACUCGCGUCUCACAUCACCCAACUGUGCCGAAUAUCGGUAAGAGAGACUGAGCGAGAGAGAAGAUGGCUUUGGAGGAAGAAGAACACGAGGUGUACGGAGGAGACAUCCCAGAUGUAGGUGAAAUGGAAGGAGACGUCGAUCCUCAUAACGCCGACGUCGAGAUGGCUACCGCAGACGAUGACGCCGUCAAGGAACUCGACGAAAUGAAGAAACGAUUGAAAGAGAUGGAAGAAGAAGCAGCAGCUCUUCGCGAAAUGCAAGCCAAAGUUGAAAAGGAAAUGGGUGCUGUUCAAGAUCCUGCUGGUGCAGCUGCUAGCCAAGCAAGCAAGGAAGAGGUGGAUACAAGGUCGAUAUUCGUUGGCAAUGUAGAUUACGCAUGUACCCCUGAAGAAGUUCAGCAGCAUUUUCAGACUUGUGGCACUGUAAACAGAGUGACUAUUCUUACUGAUAAAUUUGGUCAACCAAAGGGUUUUGCUUAUGUGGAGUUUCUUGAAGUUGAAGCUGUUCAAGAGGCUCUUUCCCUUAAUGAAUCUGAGCUACAUGGCAGACAACUCAAGGUGAUGGCUAAAAGGACAAAUGUCCCUGGAAUGAAGCAGUUUCGUGGGAGGCGUUUCAAUGGUUACAUGGGCUACAGAGGAUUCAGGAGGCCAUAUGUUCCUCCUUAUUUCUACUCCCCCUAUGGAUAUGGGAAGGUUCCGAGGUUCAGGAGGCCAUCGCGCUAUAUGCCUUAUUACUGAAGUCCAAUAGGAGGCUGCCAUCUGUCAGUUUGGUUAAUUGCAUGAGGAGAAAAGUAUUUCUAUUUCUAUUGAUAUUUGCUAUUAUGACUUUUGGCUACAUGUUUGGGUAAUUAAAAUGGAAACGAGUUUGAUUGUCUUGAUCCUUUGUUUCAAAUUGUUAGUUAUAGAUGAUAAUAAGAAAAAGAGACAAAGGUGUAAAAA